AUCGCCGGUUUCGAGCAUAGGCCAAGCGUCACCUUCUAGCCCAUGGACGCUAUAUGACAAAGACUGUCCUCCCAUCGUUGCAAAGAACGCCGCUCUUAUGCGUCUCAGCCAAAUCACCGUGCCCGGUGUUCCGUGUCUGAUCCAACCAAACUCCACCAAGAGCAGAUUUCGCCUCACUGGACCAGACUUUUGGCCACUCGUCCCAACUGCCGAGAAACAGCUCCAGCCUCUUCCUGGUGCUCUGACUGAAGAACAGAGAGAAAUAAACUCUCUUCAAGGCAAUGUUUCAUUUGAUCACUUCUACCAAGCCCCCGAAUUCUUCUUCCAACAAUCAACAAGUGCACCUGCAGGCGUAUACGAUCUUGUCACGGCUGGCUCCGAACCGCAGUAUGUUGCAAAAACGGCGGAUGGCGGACUCGUCCUUUUGCCAGCAUCCACCGGGUCUACUGGCCAGAAGGACAAUGGAAAAACUCCCGCCGCAGUGACAUCCAUCUUCACCGUCGACUGCGACGGUCGUAUCGGUGUCAUGCACGACGGAGUAUCUUAUAGCUGGAAGAUCGAUGCUGACGGCAAGGGCACGUCUUUCACUGCUGGGGCACACUCUGCGGAUUGGACCAUGACCGCUUUCGACUUGGAUACGUUCAAGGAUGCGCUGAAGGUGGAGAAGUCACAUCAUGAACUUCGAAGCCUCGGAAAGAGGCAGAAUGAGGGCUUCAGAUGCCCACCCUUCCAACACGGGGUGCUCAAGCCAGGCUCCCCUCCCGGUUUCUCGAACGGCUGUGGUUCAGUAAAAACCAAGAAUUUGGUCCCGGAAUUGUGGUUCCACAGCUGCUGCGACGCUCAUGACAUAUGUUAUGACGAUUGUACUAAACCAUCUUGCCUGUACUGUAACGUCGCAUUCCUAGAUUGCAUGCAUGCUGAAUGCCACAAGAAAAAUUUUUUCGUAAAGAAAAUCUGCAACUUCGCUGCCCAAGUCUACUUCGAGGCUGUCCAAGGUCCACAGGGCUGUGGGCUCUUUGCGAAAUAUAAUAGGGAUCGAUGUGACUGCGUACAUGAUCCUUGAAUGGUCUCUCUGGAACGAUGGAACAACAAAGUCUGCAGAAGGGUUGGAAAAGUUCCUACCUUUAUGGAAGCGAGAACACCUUGGAAGAUUGCUAUUAUGAUAGUCAAGGGGUAGUACGGUAGUACAGGUUGAGCCGAGCAGGUUGGUCUGUUGUAUGCGUUAGUAUAUGUAUGUUAAUUACUUUCCUUACCUAGCUACAUGUAGUUUGCGAGAGCGUGUCGGAGUGUGCGUAUCGAAUCCUGUCUCCA